UGAGCUCAUAUGUUAAACUACCUUCAAUUUCAAGACCCAAGGUUCUCAAGAACCUUCAUUAAAACCCAAAUAUAAAUAGGAGUACUUCCCUAGCUAAAACAAUAAGAGGGAGGCUGCAAGGGGGCUCUUUCUACACUUACUAGAGCGAGAGAGAGAGAGAGAGAGAGAAAGAAAGAACGCUCUGUUGGUAUCCUCAUUGGAGCUUUAGCUAUCCUCUUAACGAUGUCUGUGGUGGAGGUUAGAGUUCCAAAUUUAGAUUGCGAGGGAUGUGCUUCUAAACUCAGAAGAUCCAUCUACAAGCUAAAAGGGGUGGAAGAGAUAGACAUAGACAUGGAGAUACAAAAGGUAACAGUGAGAGGAGGGUUUGGGCUGGACCAGGAAAAGAAGGUGCUAAAGGCCAUAAAGCGCGCAGGAAAAGCAGCCGAGCCCUGGCCCUACCCAGGAGGCCACUCCCACUUCGCUUCUUUCUACAACUACCCGGCCCACGUCGUCAACCACUACUACUCCGACGCCUCCAGAAACGUCGCUCCGAACAGCAUCCACGCCUUCUUCCACACCCCGGCUGCUUACUCGGUGGCCGUGGCCUCCGACGAGGCGGUUGCUUCGCUCUUUAGUGACGAAAAUCCCCAUGCUUGUAGUAUCAUGUAGUAAUUUUUCCAAAUGUGUUUCUAAGGAUCUUGUGUAACGUGGUCAAGGCUAUUUCGUAUUGGGAUACUGCCAUUAGUUGCUUCACUUUAUUUUUCCGUCUGCUGCGAGCGUGGCUUCACUUGAUAAUGUAACUCGUUUGUGGCCGGCACAAUCCGUUUGUCUCCCAUAGGAAGAGAAAUAUGAGUUAGGAUAUUGCAA